AUGCCUGGUUUAACCUGUAACGCCUGUAACAUGGAGUUCGAGGACGAAGCCGAGCGAAAGCUUCAUUACAAGUCCGAUUGGCACCGUUACAAUCUCAAGCGCAAGGUCGCUGGAGUCCCUGGGGUUACACAGGAGUUGUUUGAGGCGAGACAAUCUGCUCUUGAUCAGGAGAAGAGUAAAUCAGAUGAAGCACCCAUGCUUUAUACUUGCGGAAUCUGUAGCAAAGGUUACAGGAGCUCCAAGGCUCAUGAGCAGCAUCUCAACUCGCGGAGCCACGUUGUAAGGGUUUCACAAGGGACGACUAUCAACGGUGAGGAGGAUAUAGCCAUUAUCAGGCCGCUUGCUCGCCGUGUCAAGAACAGAGAUGUCGAGGAUAGUGAAGAUGAGUGGGUGGAUGUUGAUUCAGACGAGGAGUUGGCUGCUGAAGAAGCCUCUGAUUCUUUGUCUAAGCUGAAUGUUAAUGAAGAAGACAUGGAUGAAGAUGAUGCAGGCAAGUAUGAGCUGGAUCCGACCUGCUGUUUGAUGUGUGACAAAAAUCACAAGACCUUAGAGAGCUGUAUGGUUCACAUGCAUAAGCAUCAUGGUUUCUUCAUCCCCGACAUUGAGUAUCUCAAGGAUCCUCAAGGGCUUCUCACUUACCUCGGUCUUAAGGUGAAGAGAGACUUUAUGUGUCUGUACUGCAAUGAGCUGUGCCAUGCAUUCAACAGCUUAGAAGCUGUAAGAAAGCAUAUGGAAGCAAAGAGUCAUUGCAAAUUGCACUAUGGUGAUGGUGAUGAUGAUGAAGAUGCUGAGCUAGAAGAUUUCUAUGACUACACCAGCAGCUAUGUUGAUGAAUCUGGAGACCAGAUAGUUGUAUCUGGUGAAACAGACAACGCUGUAGAACUCGUUGGUGGUUCUGAGCUCGUGAUCACCGACAGAUCUGACAACACAACAACGUCUAGGACUCUCGGCUCCCGUGAGUUCAUGCGUUACUACAGACAGAAGCCGCGCCCAACUUCUCAAAACAGCAACCAGAUUGUUGCUUCCCUGUCUUCAAGGUACAAGAGCAUGGGUUUGAGGACGGUGCCAUCGAAAGAGGAGACAGUGAAGAUGAAAGUGCUCAAGGAGAUGAACAAGAGAGGGGAGACAAUGCGUAGCAAGAUCGCAAUGAAGAGUAAUGUCAUAAGAAACUUGCCCAAUAAUGUCCCGUAUUAG